AUGCAGUCACUGCAGGAGAAGGCGUCGGAGUGGAGUGGGGUGGAUCCAAAUGAUGCUUUUGCCAUUGAUCAAAUCAAUCUCUACCAGAAAUUGGGCCUUCAGACCUUCAUAAACCUCUCCACCAAUUUCUACAACAGAGUUUACGAUGAUGAGGAAGAAUGGUUUCGAUCAAUUUUUGCAAAUUCCAAAAAGGAAGAUGCCAUUCAAAAUCAAUAUGAAUUCUUUGUGCAACGAAUGGGCGGGCCUCCUCUGUACUCCCAAAGAAGAGGACACCCCGCAUUGAUUGGACGCCAUCGUCCAUUCCCUGUCACCCAUCAAGCUGCAGAGAGGUGGUUGCACCACAUGCAACAAGCACUGGACAACACUACAGAUAUCGACUCAGACUCCAAAAUCAAAAUGAUGAACUUUUUUAGGCACACUGCAUUCUUUCUGGUAGCGGGAAAUGAGUUGAAGAACCAAAAACAGAGCAUUGCAUGUAAGCAUGCAGCCAGCAAACCAGCUGCAGUGUAA